UCAUUUAUUGUAUUCGGUGUAUGAACUGACCUGUCUACUUCUAGCAGUAAUGUAAUUCAUUGGAGCUAAAGCGUUCAUAGCACUGUCCCCCGGUCUGUUCACAUGUUGAACUUUUCCAGACGUCGAUAAUAAGAGCAGAGGAACAGCAGCACAGGUCCUAGUCACACCAAAUGCUAAGUAGCUACACUGUUAGCAUCUUAGCAGCUGCUACGUCCACUUCACAGCAUCAUUGAGUUCCAGUAACUGGCUGUGUUCAGUCUAUGGUGCUACACAGAGCUGCACCAUGACCUCAGCUUCCACUAAAGUUGGGGAAAUCUUCUCUGCAGCUGGAGCCGCCUUCACCAAACUAGGAGAGCUCACCAUGCAGCUUCAUCCAGUGGCUGACUCCAGUCCUUCAGGUUCCCAUCUUCCCUCCAGCGGUCAGGUGAAGAGCACGGUGAAGAGGAAGCUGUAUGAAGACGGUGCACUUCCAGCUUCCUCAGACGCACCCAAGAAGGUCGUCAAGAAAGCGGUGGCCGCUGUCUCCAUGGCAACACAGGGCACUCCAACCAUCAUCUCUGUUCCCACAGCACAGGUUGUUGUGGCAUCGGGACUCCAGGGUCCAGCCGCUAACCGUCCUCCAAUGAAGAAACAGAAGACUGCAGAUGUGACGCUCAGUGCUUUGAAUGACUCUGAUGUGAACAGUGAUCUAGUGGACAUUGAGGGAUUGGGUGAAGGAUCCAACUCCAAAAAACUCAACAACUUUGAUCAAGAUAACCUGAACCUGGACUCCAGUCUCAUCAUGAAUCCUGGUGAUCUUCCUCUGCUGUCCCGCUGACAUUUCACUUCAUGUGGAUUUCAUAGAAAAGAUGAACAAAACUCUGAAAAUAAGACUGGACACACAAUGCUGUCAUCACCAGAGUAAAUCUAACAGCAGUGGAUGUUGUGUUGGAUCAUACACUGCUAUCCAACUUUCCUUUUUUUUACUGCCAGAUAUUUUUGUUUGACUGUAUGUCCUCCUGUUAAUUGAUUUAGCUUUGUAGGAACAUCCAGGAAAUUCUAAAUAUAAAAGACAAUCUUCAGCCUGUGAGGAAGCUGUUCUACUAUUCAUACUUCCUGUGGUUCUUUAAAGAGAAGCCAGCAGAACAGAAACAACCCAGCAGAAGCAUUUACAACACCUGCAUCAAUGAGAACAAACAGUCCUGCUUCACUUGAUUUUUUUGUCUGCUUAUCCAGAUGUGUUUCUAGAAGAUGGCUGUUUAGGAUAAUAAAGCAAAUAUUUAUCUGUACUAGUUUAUAAUAUUUCAUGUUCAGUUGAGUAAAUGAUCAUAUUAGCAGAUGUGAACAGAAUUGUCAGUGUGGGGGAUUAGUUAGAAGUAGAACAAAAACAUGUUGGAUAUGUGUAUGAGUGAUUGGUUCCAGUAUAUUUUCAAUGUGAAUUGUCUAGAUGCCUUCCUUCCUCUUGACUUGCCAGCAGAAUUGUGUUAGAGUUCAUAAGAACAGAGCGUCACAUCAUACAGCCAACACAUUACAGACACACUUUAUAAUAAUACUGAUGGUAAUGUGGCUGGUAUUUUCUCAUUGUCUUGUCUUACAGAUGUGUAGCAUUAACAUAAACACAUGAACAUGGCAGAAACAUACUAGGUGUGGAUGUCAGUU